GAAAAAUAUCAUCCAAAAAUACACCAUAACCCACAGAACAUUACCAACCAGCGUUACCAAAGGUACAAACUUUAUUUCAUGUCCUAGAUAAAUUCACCAAUUUUACGCAUACUUCUUUUUUGUCUCUCGCGGUUGAACUCGGUAGCCGGCCUCAAUUUUGUUUGUUUUUCCUGGAAUAUCGUCUACCGCCAUUUUGCCGGUGUCCUGGGAUAGCUUUGCUUAUUAUCGAUUCGAUUUAGUCGAUAAUAGGGCAAGAAAAUUUAAAACAAAACGCGUUUAUCGUCUGCAAAGUUUGAAUUUUAGAUUGCUGAUUUCUACUGCGCGCCAAAACUUUUUUUUUAAAUUUGGGACUUGAUCGGUGAUCGAUAUGACGCAAUCGUAUCGGAUAGGUCGAAAGGAUUAGUACCGUUUUCUGAAAUCGAAAUUCGGUGGAAGUUCAGAAAGGGCGUUUCCUACCUGGCUACUUUUAUACUUGAAUUACUAUUUGUUUCUUUCGUUCUAUAUACUGAAAAAGGUAUUUUUUCAUCUGAGAACGCUUCGUUUAAAAAGGAAAACGUUUUCAACGAUAGUCUUUUUCGGAUGGACAUUUCAAUUCAUCGUACCGCAGCUUCGUGAAGCGAUUUUUUCCUCCGCACACAUCGACUUAUUUGAUUCUGGAUUAUUUAUCCAAGGAAUAUAUUAAUUAACUAAAUAUGGAUCGUAAAGGAAGGCAUUGGAGUCUAUCUUCUGGGACUGGACCAGCCCAUGGACCAGAUGGUCCAGGUGGCGCUAGUCCAGACGACUCUCCGGUCAGCUCUGGAGGUCAAAUUUCUCAAUCAACCACCAUUGUGACCACGCUGCAAAGUGGACUAGGAACUCCACCCAGCGGGGCUCAGCCUCGGCCCGCCGCCCAGCCCACCCGGGUGGAGAUCAAACCCGAGCCCAUGGACCUCGACGAGAAACCCUCGUGCCGAUUUGCCGAAAAGAGGGACGGUGCCUUGUUCAACAUCCCCGGCCCUUCAGGCGAAGGCGCCACUUCAGCUUCCGUACCUGUGUCCCCUCUGUGGCAAGGGCCAGUUGCGUCUCCAAAGAAUACGGAUGUAAUACCUAAAAUCCCCAGAUAUUCGGAAAGUAGACAUGGUGACAUAAGACGUCCCUUCUCAACGCCACCAAGUUAUACUCUGAGCGACAUGAGGCACCUGUCGCCCACGUUAAGAUUUGGGUCACGUUUCCAGUUUCCAAGCCACACCAUUUCGACAUCGCCACACGUUUCUCAACAAUCCAGGAUCGUCUCGACUGGAUCCACUGCACCUUCUACUGCCACCUUGUCCUCUGAAAGCAAUCUUCAAGUUGGUGCGCUGCAGGAGCCGUCGCAGCAGGGGCUUGUGCGUCCACAACAGAUGCUUGAUUCUGGAGCUUUGCCCACCGAUGAGGGUGUCGCUCGAAGACAACGUGCGAUCAUGUACCAACAGCAGCUCCUCUAUGUGACGAAACGGUUACAUCGGCUAGGAAUUGGAAAAGAUGCAUUCGGUCGGAGCCAGGAAGCUCGUGGUUCUUCACUUGAUGCAGCGCAAGGAGAUGAUGUCUUUCAACAACCUAUCCACCCAUCACAGCGACUUGAUCGACAACAAGAAGAUCAGUCCGGCCAGUCUACAGAGCACAUUGGUGAUGAAGGAAAAGGUGGCCAAAUUGGACAAACAGCAACCUCUUCUCAAGGCAGUAACGCCCAAAUAUCUGGUGCGUCUGUGUUAGUCACAUCAAAUCCGUCGCAGGCACAGACCUCUGGAAUCCGUGGCUACUUUAUGGAUCAACCUAUCGGAAUCGGAAGCAGUAUCGCUCAAAAUCCUUCGGGAAUGCCCUCUCUGUCAGGGAUGUUCGGGGUGCAGCCGCCAUUGCGAUACGGUGGUGCUGUACAACCCGACACCACCAUUCGCCAGCUUCUGCAGCGCCGGACGACCCCACCUUAUCCGACCUCUGGCACCCCAGUCCAUCAAAUGCACCACCAGCAGCAACGCUAUGUCCAACAACAGCACCAUCAGCAGCAAGAACUGCAACGACGUUCCCAGACGCCCGGUCGUAAGGUUCCUCUCUCGCAGCGAUUAAGUGACGGGAGCUGCAACGUGAAACCGGCAGCAGCUGCUGCCAUCGGACCGCGACGUUACUCAGCGCCGUCCUACACCACAGACGUCGUCAUGAAGGAGGGUGGUAGUCGUCGGUACCCAUCCCAGGGAGAUGCCACCGCACAACUUACUGAAAGCAACACGGGUAUGGAGUCAUCGGGAUCGGAGGGACGGGAUCCACGCCCAUUCGUACAAAGAGGUAAGGUCAAUUUAUUAAUGCUGCAUGUUUCAAUGUAA